GUUUUUUUUCUGGCCAACAAGCACUCUUUGUCUUAACAGCUUCUCUCUUUUGGUCGUCGUCAUCCGGCUCGUCGUCGCUGACGUGAAUCGACGCGAGCGCAGUCACACUUCGUCACCAGUGACGACGAGCACGGCGUCAAAGUUAGGAGGCGAGCAGCGAUGGACGAUAGCGCCAACGACUCAACGCCAGACGAGGAAGUGCACCCAGAUGGAAUGUCUCCUUCACAAUUUUCUCCUGGGGGCACGGUCCGGUUCCUGCAUAAGUCUUCAGUCAUACAGUCACCACAAACCACCCAAAUGGCGAGCGAGUCAGACGGAGACUCUCACAAGAGACGGCAGUUGCUCUACACGCAGCCUUCUUCUUACCGAAAAAUCCUCAACGAGCUUUCCUCAGACUCACAGAACGUUUCCAAAACGGACGAGGAAAUGACUGAGGAGGAGCACGACUCGACCUUAUUGGCGCCGAUCAGCUACCACAUGAGCUCGGGACAAUAUGCUGCCAUCUCGCAGAGCGCUGCCGCCGCCUCACCAGGUAGCGCCCACCAGUUCUACAUCCAUGCAGGACAGAUGAUCAUACAAGCGGCCACCGGAGACAUCCCCGCCUGCCAGUUGCGCUCACCCACCUCCAGCCUGGCCCACAGCAUCGUGAUGGCCGCGGCAUCUCAGGGUGCUACGCACAGCCCACUGUCGCACCACGCCGAGGAAGUCACCCGCAAGCGAGAGGUCCGGCUCAUGAAAAACAGGGAGGCUGCACGAGAAUGCCGGCGGAAAAAGAAGGAGUACGUCAAGUGUCUGGAAAACCGUGUUGCUGUGUUGGAGAACCAAAACAAGACGCUGAUUGAGGAACUGAAGGCACUCAAGGACAUUUACUGCCACAAGGGGGAGUAAGAGCACCCGAUAACUGCUACCCGUCGUUUCCCGCCACAGCAACCCGCCAAACUGUUGUGACCACGCCCGCUAGCUCAGGCCUCUACCAUGCCGCAACCUCCCUCCUCGAGUCCCGAGAACACCGUUCUGCUCUGGACUCUGAGAAGCACUCUACUUGAAGGAUAAGGAUGUAAAACGCCUCCCGGGAAUGGCACCUGAAUGCACCGUUUGUGUCAUUUUCGCUUUCGUUUCUGCCAGUUUUUGUGUUUCGAAGUAGCAAGCGCUAACUUCCAGCUGUUUAACUCAGCAGCUAGUAAAUUUUAUUUUUGUAGCCAAGGGCUCCCCUUACAGGUGUAAUUAAGAUAUUGCAUAACCAAGACAUUAUAAGAUGCUACCGAUGCUAAGAUACACGCUAAAUGCUAACUGUUCAUUGUCAUGUUCAUGGAGAUGCACCAUACACAAAUUUGUAAUUUUAGCACUGAUGCUAGUACUAACAAAGAUCAAAGCGAGGGUUUGCUAUGGAAACAUUAACAUUAUUCUUGGAAGCUACAGAUACUGAGCUAAUAGUGCUAAAAGCUAACAAAACUCGUCUUUUUUGUAACCUAAGUGUAGCGUUCAAUCAAAGCACCCUCUCCAAUGACUGACAGAAAUGAUUGGCUGCUACAAAUGUUCCGAUAUAGAGCUAAAUUCUUACAAAUGUCAACAAAAAGACAAAAGUGAUUGUACUCCAAAAGCCAUCAAGGAAGAUGACACGACCACAAAUUUAUCAGAAGCUAAAGAUGCAAAGCUACUUGUGCUAAAUGCUAACAAAGUUUGUUUGUUUUGUAACAUCAGUGUAGUAUGUGUGUAUAAGAACCCACAACAACACAACUUUUUGCAAUAACAUUAGCACUGUUGCUAGUACUAAUAAAACUGUGUCCUGGCUGGUCCACCAACAUCAUAGACCGUUAGGCGAUCCAGGAGUUGCCAAGGCACCAGUAAUGCUAUUCUCCAGACUGGAAUAGCAUCCUAAUGAUUUUCACGCUAUUCUUUUUUGGGUUCAAUUGUUACAUACAUGACUAAUAUUAAGUAUUAUUUAAAAAAAAAUGAGCUCAGCAGGCCGCAGCUGCACGUCAAUCAAAGCACAAUCACUCACCAGUCAGUCAUUUACAGACAUGAUCGGAAGCUAAAUAUGGUAAGCUAAACUAAUAAUGCUAAAUGCUAACAAAGCUUGUCUGUUUUGUACCAUCAAUGUCUGAUUAUUGUGCUGUAUGUGUACAGGCACUAUAGAGACAUCUACAAUAGUGUUACCAGUGAUGAUAUAGCUAAUAAAACAACACGUCUCCUGGCUGGUCCACCAACAUAAAUAAAGAUCGUUGCUGUAGUUGAACAGCACAGCACUGCUGUUCUCCAUGUUACAUAAACUGAAAUAACAUCCCAAAGAUAUUCAAGUUAAAUUGUUUCAUAUUGUUGCUUUAAUUGAUAUCAAGGUUUAUUGUCUAUCGAAGCACAAUCAAUCAAAACCAGUCAGUUGAUUAUCAGUCAUGAUUAUUGUUUCGAAGAAAAUGUGACACUUUUUAACCAAGACAGGAGCUCCAGUUGUCCUUUUUGUACAAUUUUUUUUCUUUGUGGUGUAAAUAAAGUUGUUGAGAGCUGUU